AUGGACGCGACGGGGAAGCCGCAGCUGAUGGAGCACAUCAACAAGAGCCUGACGCUCACGAUCAACGACGUGCGGUGGGUGCCGUGCAGCGCUAGGUUCGUGCUGCUUGGCAGCCAUGCUCGGGGGACAGGAGCGAUGCAGGUUUAUGCCCUCAAUCAUGGGAAGCUGGACAUCAUGGUAGAUACAGAGAAGCAGCAUGGCUUCAAGUGCGGGACCUUCGGGGCGUCGAGUCUGGAGGAGAGGCACUUUGCGACGGGCGACUGGGACGGGAGGAUGGCUCUAUGGAACCUUGAGCACGUGGACCUUCCUGUCUUCUCGGUGAAGGCGCACACCGGUAUGAUCAACAGCAUCGACGGGUGCGGGGGGCUCGGUAUCGGCUUCGGGGCGCCAGAGAUUGUAACGGGAGGGCGGGACGGGGCAGUGAAGGUGUGGGACCCUCGGCAGAAGAACGACCCAGUGGCGAGCUUGGAGCCGAAAAAUGAGGAGAUUGCGAGGGAUUGCUGGACCGUUUGCUUCGGGAACAGCUAUAACGAUGAGGAGCGGUGCGUCUGCGCAGGGUACGAUAACGGGGAUGUCAAGCUUUAUGACCUUCGAACGAACCAGAUUAGGUGGGAGACUAACGUGCGCAACGGUAUCUGCUGCCUCGACUUCGACCGCAAAGACAUCCAGAUGAACAAACUGGUGGCUGCGACGUUGGAAUCUCAGUUCAAGUUGUUUGACAUGAGGACGUAUCACCCCAAGGAAGGGUACGAGAGCUUGACAGAGAAGGCCCACAAGUCGACGGUUUGGACCUGCAAACAUCUCCCACAAAACCGCGAGAUCUUCAUGACCGGAGGAGGCAACGGAAGUAUCAAUCUCUACAAAUAUUCUUAUCCGGCUCAACGAGUCAUCAAGGAUUCGGAGGGACUUGAAAAAGGGGUGAUGGGCACAUGCGAGCUACUCAACUCUCGGACAUUCUCUACUCAGCCCAUCAACAGUUUUGACUGGAACGCGGAGAAGGAGGGCCUAUGUGUGUUCGGCUCCUUCGAUCAGUGUGUGCGGGUUGGGAUCGUGACCAAAUUGAAUACAGUCUAAACAUGAUAAGUGAAGAAACCAAAAAUG